AUGUCUCUUACCUUCUCACUUAACGGAACCGAGUCUACAUUAAGUGUGAAUUUUCUGCCUCCCAUAGAAUUGGGUGAGGGUGAAUUUGAAUGCGCGCUAAUUUACUUGAAAACAUUCAACUCGAUACCCAAUGUGGAUGAGAGUAAUAAUCUGUUUCAUUAUGGUGCAGACAACGUCAUCACGAUUCCUGAGGGCUCUUAUGAACUGGACGAUAUCAUUCAAUAUCUGGAGCGUGAACUUUUGCGAGAAGCCAAGGAUGAUCCCUUUAAAUUAAUCGAUAUAGAAGCCAACACGAAUACAAUGAAAUGCUCAUUUCACUCUCCAUAUUAUGAUAUACAUUUCGAGCGAGAGAACAGUAUUGGAAGAAUUUUUCGUUUUCCACAAAAAUUGUUUCCAAAAAAUCAACUACAUGAAUCAGAUCAAGCGAUAAACAUCCUAAUCACCAAUUCUAUAAGAGUAGAGUGUAAUAUUAUUCAAGGUUCAUUCAUCAAUAACGAAUCAUCACAUGUGCUUUACGAAUUCUCACCAUCAGUGCCACCCGGAUAUUAA